CUUGCCUCCUCCUCCUCCUCCUCCCCUCGCCGUCCUCUUCUUCCCAUCGCGAACCCCGAAACAUUCCUCCACUCCCACCCGAGGAGGGAGAGAGAGGGAGAGGAGGGGGUGGUAGAGGGAAGAGAAUCCAGUCCUCGGAUAAGGAGGAAUUCGUGAGGGUGAGUGGGGGAUACAGUGAGUCCUCCGCGGAUGAAGUUCGGGAAGGAUUUCCGGAACCACCUGGAGGAGACGCUGCCGGCGUGGAGGGACAAGUACCUCGCCUACAAGGCCCUCAAGAAGCUCAUCAAGAACCUGCGGCCCCCCGAGCCCGCCGCCCCUCCUCUCCCUCCUCCGCCCGCCGCCGAGGGACCGGGGGAUGGGGCCGGCCAGGGGAACGUCGCGCUGGGGAACUGGUUCGCCAGGAUCCUCGACAUGGAGCUCCACAAGCUCAACGAGUUCUACAUGGAGAGGGAGGAGUGGUACGUCAUCCGCCUCCAGGUGCUCAAGGAGAGGAUUGAGCGCGUCAAAGCUAAGAAGAAUGAUGCUUUUACAUCCAGGAGUGAAUUUACUGAGGAGAUGCUAGAGAUACGUAAGGAUUUUGUGAUCAUACACGGCGAAAUGAUUCUUCUGCAAACCUACAGCUCCCUAAAUUUUGCUGGACUAGUGAAGAUUCUGAAGAAGUAUGACAAGAGAACAGGCGGUUUGCUCAGUCUGCCUUUCACUCAGCGUGUUCGUCACCAGCCAUUUUUCACAACCGAACCUUUAACAAGGCUUGUUCGAGAAUGCGAGGCUAAUCUUGAACUCCUUUUCCCGGUUGAAGCAGAAGUUCUUGAGCCUAGUUCAUCUUCAAAUCUGGAACCACAUGAUGUGGCUAAGCGUGAUCCAACAUCAUCUGGCGACGUGGAAACCUCAGAUGUGUACCGAAGCACACUCGCAGCAAUGAAAGCAAUACAAAGCCUUCGGAGAGCCAGCUCUACUUACAACCCGCUGUCUCUGUCUAGGUUCUUCAAUGGUGAGGAUGGUGAAGCCUGUUCUGGUGCCGUCACAUCUGAGAGUUCGUUAUCAGAUUCCUCAACAGACUCCCAGAUUCAGGAUGAUGGAAAGGAUGAUAAAGAGGUGCAGUCAAAUUCAAGUGCACAGAAUGCUGCUCAAAGGGAACAUAAUGGCAAUGAAUAAUCAGUCUUUUUGACGCACUGUUCAAUAACCGUUGAUAAGUGUAAAUUCUAAUAAUCUGGAUGUUUAACCCUCUUUGAAGUGUUCACAUACACAAGUUUUCCUGAUGGUGCUGUUUCCUUUUCUUCAUUUUCUUUACAAGGGUCAGAGUGUUGGAAGGUUGGGUUAUUCAUGUCAAUUGCCAUAAGAAUCUGAAGUGUAGUUCUAUUUGAGUUUUGAAGCUGUAGGCAGUUCUAUUUGAGUUUUGAAGCUGUAGGCAGAAAGCAUGUAAGUCAUUAGCAGACAUUUUGGUUGACACUUAAUAGAGCUACUUCCUAAUCACUUGUUUU